UGUAUGAGGUAAGUGGGGGGUGGCUUUACCCUGGAGAGACCAAAGUCCGAGGGAGACGCACGGAAGACACACGGAAUACACACACGCUCUCCGCUGACAUGUCUUCUCCGUAGGGGAGAGUAUCUGGGGGAUUGCUCCUUUUCGGAAUCGCACAGCCUGAAACGGGAAUUCCAUGGAAAAACGGCUGGCCAGACAUUCACGCCUCGUGGAUUAUCACCAUCACCAUUUUUGCGAAUGGACUGCACUUGACUUGACCGUCUGAAUUCGGCAAGGGAUUUUCCGACAGACCCGCCCAGUUCCACUUUAGUGAAGACGAGGCCCGAGGCAUCUGAAUCCUCUGCAAGAAGACACAAUGGAGCCCUCAGGCACUGGGAGACAGUCAAUGGAUGUACUGGGGGAAAAUGAGGCUCUGCAACAGUUUUUCUGUGGCCAGGAUGUCAGCGGGGUCAUGGACAGCACCGUGGUGGACAUCAGCAUGCUGGAACAGUACCUCAGCAGCGAAAUGGACCACAGUGCUGUCAUGUUACCUGCGUCACCUCCAGACUCCGGCUCAGAAACCUGUUCACCACCCCUGGAGCCAGGCUCAUCCUGUCACUUCACGGACAGGGCUGGAGGCCCACAGCAGGGACACCCCCAUCGCCCCCACCACACGGGCCCUACAGACCCCUACGUAAAGACCGCAGCACCCCUAACCCUGCCGGGUCAUGGUCACCCACAUCCCCAUCACCUUCGCUACAUGAGCCCGACCAACAGCUACAUUCAGACCAACGCCCCUCCCGCACCCCCGGUUCACAAUCCCGCCCUCCUCCCCCGAGGUACGGGGCAGACGGCGGGCCACCCCAAGGCCAGCGCCCCCACGCCCCCCUCCUGCCCCCGAGCGUCUCCUGGCUGUUUGUCCCCGGGGUACCCCUGCCUCCCUGCCACGUCCACAGGACUUGUGUUUCCCAGCGCCAGGAAAAGACAGCGAUCCGAAUCCUUCGAGGCGGUCGCUGACCCAAACGCGUGGGUCACCCCCGCACACACAAAGGGCCCGCUGACAGGGGCAGACUGUGGCAGCGAUGCCCUCGGGUACGACAGCGACGGGCACAGUGGCAGCAGCGGGCAGGGGCCGUGCCAGUCCCUGACGUGGGACAGGUACCAGCCUGACGGGUGGAGUGCGCUCUACGAUGACGGCCAUGAAGGCCUAUCAGUCCCAGCUUAUCAUGUGGACACAGACAAGGGCUUCAGCUACUCCUCCACCGACGAGGCCUUUGUGUGUCAGAAGAAGAACCACUUCCAGGUCACAGUUCACGUGGGGAUAACAAGGAGCCCUAAGUGCGUCAGGACACCGUCUGGGCCCCAACCCAUCAACAGCUUCCAUGUGAAGGUCUUCGGCGUCAAGCUGGAGGCCCAGAACCACCUCAUCACCAUUGAACAGUCCCAGCCAGAUCGAAGAAAGAGGCCGUUCCAGCCAGUCAGGAUCGACCUACCCGAGGACAAGGUUACCAAGGUGACCCUGGGCCGCCUCCACUUUGGCGAGACCACGGCCAACAAUAUGAGGAAAAAGGGCAAACCCAACCCAGAUCAAAGGUACUUCUUGCUGGUGGUGGCGCUCUAUGCCUCUGUGAAAGAGGAGAGUUAUCUGCUGGUGGCGCACGUGUCUGAGAGGAUCAUCGUGCGGGCAUCGAACCCGGCCCAGUUUGAGAGUGACAGCGACGUGCAGUGGCAGCGCGGGCAGGCUGCCGACACAGUGGUGCAUCAUGGGAGAGUGGGCAUUAACACCAGCGCACCGGACGAGGCCUUGGUGGUGUGCGGCAAUGCCAAAAUCAUGGGCACCGUCAUGCACCCGUCAGACAGACGAGCCAAGCAAAACAUCCAGGAGGUGAACCCAACGGACCAGCUUAAGAGAAUAGCACAGAUGAGAAUCGUGGAGUAUGACUACAAGCCAGAGUUUGCCACGAAAAUGGGGAUUGAUCAGGUUCAUGAAACAGGUGUCAUUGCUCAGGAGGUGAAGGAGCUGCUGCCCUCUGCUGUUCGGGAAGCUGGGGACAUCACAUGUGUGGAUGGAGAGACGAUCGAUAACUUCCUCAUGGUGGACAAAGAGCAGAUCUUCAUGGAGAAUGUGGGAGCGGUGAAACAGCUGUGUAAGCUCACGGACAACCUGGAGACCCGCAUCCAGGAGCUGGAGGUGUGGAACAGACGGCUGGCCAAGCUGAAGAAAACAGGCAGCCUGCGCUCCAGCGCCAGCGACAACGUGCGCAGAAAAGUCAAUGGAAACAACAAUACCUCUCCUCCAGAGAAAAGAACCCAACUGCAGUCUGCUAAAGAGUACCUAUCAGAGAAAUACAGUCACUGUUUACAACACAAGAUCUUCCAAGCUACCAUUAUCACCCUCGUGGCUACAAUGGCAUUUUGUGUCAUCUCUAUCUCAGCUCUCUACAUGUUAACCAUACGCGAGGACGUGCCAGUGUUGCCUGAAGACAGCAGCACUUCCUCUCCCCUGUUCACCACCUCCUCAGCGCCCUCUACAGUGACUCCAGGUCAUAGGCCCCCUGAUGUGGACUACUGCACCCUGCUGGACUGUGUGGAGGUGUACUGCUGUCCCAGUAACCCUGGAGACCACAGUGCCCCCACAAACACGCCUACGCAGCCCCUCCCUACCGAUAGCCCCCUCCAAGAGGAAAGAAAAGAACACCUUCAUGAAAUACUGAAAGGCGCUAUAGACUGGACAAAUACCACAAUGCAGACUAUUUCCAUCAGGGAAAAUCAGCAGAAUAUUGACCAGCAGUACUGUGUGGAAGGAAACUGUGGGAAUGGGAACUACAGCUACGUUGUCCCCAUCAGCACAUAUCUUCCCACCAACGUGCCUGUCACUCUGCAGAUGAACACCACUGAGCUGCUGGUGGUUCACCUGUGCCACAUUGACGACACUUUGGCCUGCUCUGCGGUGACAGACUUCUCCCAGGAGGAGUUCAGCAACACCAUGAGCAACACACAGGGCCACAUGCAUGAGUGGACUCUGCCGGUAGCCCAGCUGUACCGCAGCUCCUACCACUUCCGUGUCGCUGUAGCGGGGCAGGCCAACUGCAGUUCCGACCCCAACUACGUGGAGGCGCUGUUCACAGACUACCACUUCCACUUCUACCGCCGGUGUCAGUAGGCCCCGCCCCUGCACCCUCCAGCGGGCACGAGAGAGAGCCCCACAACCGCUCCCCCGGUACGCUUCCGCCAAACGUACGAAGAGGACUACCGCCAGCGCAGAGAUCUAUUCUAUUUACUGUUUUCUAUUUGAUGGCUGCACCAAAAACGCUACCACAUAAAACAGUGUUUGGUACAUACCUGGUCUGGAACUGAAGUUCGUCUGUGACUUUGAAAUCAUCGCAGUUCGUGGUGUUUUAUCUGUGAUUUUCGGUUUUUGUGACUGUUUGUGUCACACCUGCUCUGGUUCAGUAGAACAUACAUUAUUAACCUGACAUCUUUAAUAGAUUAUCUUAGUUUAAAAUUUUUUUUUUUUUUUUUACAAAAUAUAGAAUUAAGGUCAAAUUGCAGGAGUCACCACAAGUCAAGUACAGACAAAACCCACUGAUGCCACCAAUGCAACCAAUCCAGUUUAAUGUUAAAUGAAGAUUUUCGGGAGAAGUUUCUGAUCAUGUUAAAUAAAUUAAUCAUAUUUUAUUUGUACUGUAUUUUAUUGUAGCUGGGGAAAAAUUACCUCCAGAAUUUUUAUUACAUUUGUAUUCUAAUAUGCCUUGUUUUUGUAAAGAAUAUGUAAAGAUGAUUCAUAUCUGACAUUACAUUCCAAUCCUAUCA